GGGCCGCCGUGCUGUGUUCUCUCCUCCUUUUCCUGAGGUCUGUGUAGGGAGCAAGACUGCUUGGGACGCAGGCUGCUGCUGGGGCUCUGAGUCCAGGGCAUGCUCCAAUCACAUCAGGUUUCCCAUCAUCAUGCUCAGCAUCAAAGACUUUAACCUUCAAGUGGAUGAGGACGACCCCCCUGUGAACCUGCUGUCUGCUGCCAGAAAUGAGUCCCACUGCUGAUAGGACCAGGGAGCAAAGGCCUGUCUGGAUCUCCACUGGGCCGAGUCAGGACAGGGACAGCCAUGGCCAAGAGAGACUACUUGGUGGAAGCAGCCAAGCAGAUUCGCAUGGCUCUGGACAGGGAGGUCAGUGAAGAUUACGAGGCUGCCUUCAGCUACUACAAGAACGGGGUGGAUCUGCUGCUCAAUGGAGUUCAAGUGGACCCUAACAAGGAGCGUCGAGAGGCAGUGAAAAGGAAGACGACUCAGUAUCUGAAGAGGGCAGAGGAAAUCUUUAUCUCCCACCUCCAAGACAACCUGGGGAAGGGGAACUCUCACCUAGGGGGUUACAGCAGUCUGAGAUUCCGGCCAAUCAGACACCUGAGCUCCCCAGUGGAGGAUCUGGAGAUGUGUAAAGUGGUGGGGAUUAUCGAUAAGGUCCUGAUUGUCCAAAGCCUGGUAACCAAGGAGAGAUGUAUUGUAAAAUGCCUGCCCAAGUCGAGCUGGGAAAGCCGAGACCAGCCCACUAUCAUCCCCCAAGGGGUCCCCUACAUGGUGAAGCUGCUCCGGUACUACGUCAGCCAGGACUCUGUGUACCUCCACCUGGAGCAUGUACAGGGUGGUACGCUUUUCUCCAAACUACACAAGGCCCGGAAUGAACGAGCCAAGGAGCACCCAGAAUGCUCCAGUCCCAGCCAGCAGAGGAUCAAACUGAAGAACAGUUACACCUCCCCUACCAUCAGUUCAGACUACCAGCAGAAUGACAGAGGGGGCACAGGGACAACCUAUCUCCUGGAGAGCGAGAACGAUGAGAGCCCCGACUCGGACUCCCCUGAGUCCUGGCAUGAGGCUCAGCAUCGACUGGAGAGUUGCAGGACCCACUCCUACUGUGAGGAGACAGGGUGCCUGCAGAACAACUCCAGGCCGGCAGCACCACACACCACACAUCCUUCUUCACCUGGGCAGACCAGGACAGACAUCCAUCCCCAUUGUCACCCGGCAGGCCACGGUCAGUGUUUGCCCGGUGAAUCUCAGGACAGGACUACCCUCCCCGGUCACUCGUGCAUCGAUCAGGCCCCUACUGUCAUUUCUGAGCCCUGUGGAAAGGCCACCGCGGAAGAGAAAAUGAAGUCCAGUUCAGAUUUAGAUGUAGCAUGGAAGGCAGCUGGCCCCACCGGGACUAAGGAGGGUUCAGUCUCGUAUGCAGUGGUUGGUUCUGACUCAGCGGCAGCUAAACCCGUACCUCAUACAACCCAUACCUCUACCGUUGGUGCAGCGUCAACAGCGAACUUAAAGGAUCAUUCUGUCCAUGUACACUGGCAGAGAGGUCACGUUCCCACCUCACUGCAAUCACCCCACAGUCCAAAACAGAUUAGUGACCGCGCAACUUGGACCUCCGAUGGCUCGCGGCGAGGCAGUGGUUCAGGGACCAACGUGGUUAUAGAGAAACACCGGGGGAAAGUACAGGAUGAGCAAGUGAACCAUCACUGUACAGACGAGACCCAGGUGAACUUGAAAAGCAAGAAUCCGGAGAUACCCCAGCCUGGCAGACCUAGGUGUCCCUAUUCAGUCCCUCACUGUCACAGUGCUGGGAAACAGCAGGGGACCCAGUCAGGCAUCUCCCUGGCACUCACAGGGGCGAAGGGGGAGGAGGUGGAGGAGGGAUGGGAGCUGCUGAGCCCUAUGAAUAGGAAUAUUCCCCCAGGGAAAGGGUCAGUGUGUGAACCCAGCAACCCUGGCCCCACACCACAGUGUCGGAAGGGGGACAUGGAUGCUUUCCUAAAAUCAGAGGGAUCAUACGGACAUGCUGACGAUCAGAUCAUUGAGGUGGAGGGCUGGUGCCACCUGCCCCAGUUCCCAGCCAAGGCAUCCAGAGAACGAGACAGGAGCAGGCAGGGCUGCUCAGGGCUGCCCGAGGCAGAGGUGCGUCUGAUAGGUGCUCAGAUCCUUCUGGCCCUGGAGAGUCUUCACCAGCAGGGUGUUGUGUGCCGAGACCUCAACCCAAAGAAUAUCCUGCUUACCAGCAAUGGAAAGGUCUGCCUGACAUUCUUUGGCCAAUGGAGUGAAGUUCAGUCAGAAAUUAACUCCAAAGCUAUGGAACAGAUGUACUGUGCCCCAGAGAUAGGAGGUGUGUCCAAAAUAACAGAAGCUUGUGAUUGGUGGAGUUUGGGGGCAUUGCUGUUUGAACUUCUUACUGGAAUGCCCCUGUGGCAGUUCCACCCAGCCGGGGUGCAUUCUCACACACAGCUCCUGAUCCCAGACCACCUGAGUACUGCCGCUGCCUCCCUGCUCACUGAACUACUGCAGUUUGACGCUGGCUAUCGCCUGGGCUCUGGAGGUGGUGGUGUGAGUGACAUCAAGUGUCAUCCGUUCUUUAAUGGUGUCUCCUGGAAGGCACUAUCCAGUUAGUAUGCCAGUAGACUAAAUGUGUCUCUGGCCUGAAUGCAGCCUAAUCCAGGUUCAUACACAUACAGUCAUGUGAUAAAGUACACCCUCUGGAAAGUUUGCCAUUUUAUAUUAUUUUGUUUAUUAUACAGAUAUUUGAGCUAAAUUCCAACCACAUUCAUUGAUAAAGUUAACCCAGUUCAACAAAUUACACAAAAACAAUUCAACUUUGAAAUGUAUGCUAUUAAAAAACAGAAAUGCAAUUUUCUUAUGCGGAAAAGUUAGUACACCCCUACUUAGAUAACAUUUUAUUAUGGUGCACCAACACAAGUAACACAAGUGCAAAUUAAAACAAAAAAUUCUACAGAAAAUUCCAGACCACAGGCAAUCUACGCCACUGCAAAUGCAGGCCAACGGCUGAUUGAUAGACGCUCAUAGAAGUCUCUAGAAACCCCAGGGCAACAUCAAGUGAUCUGCAGACAACUUUUGCCACAAAUGUUUGAAUGCCUCAGAAAGAAACAACACAAAUGUGGCCUACAUGGUAGGUCAGGAAGGAAGUAGCACCUGCCCUUAAAAAUAGAAUAUCAGGAAACGAAUAGUUUAGUUUUUUAACCACCUGGGUAAAAAAAAUAAACUAUUGGAACAAUGUGCUCGAGACAGAUGAGUCAAAGGAGGAGGUAUAUAGGCAGUAUGGUUUGAGGCAGUUGGUGGCCUCAGAGCCUGGCCAACUUGCCGUCAUUGACUCAACCAUGAAUUCCAUGUUGUCUGAGAUUUCUUGAGGAAAAUAUGAAACCAUUUGUGAAAACGCUGAAGCUGAACCAGACGUGGAUCUUGCAACAGGACAAUGUUUAAAAAAACACAAGCAAAGCUAAACCAGAGUCACACACCCAAAAAGAAAAUGGAGGGUUAAAGGAAUGGAAAGCCCAGAUCUCAAUCCUAUUGAAAUGCUGUGGAGGGACUUGAAGUGGGUUGUGCAUGCAAGAAAGCCUUCCACGGUUGAAGAGUACUAAAAAUUAUUCUGUCAAUGGAAGAUUUUCACUCUACAAGAAACAGCAACAUUAAGUUAUUUCAGCAAAAGGGGGCAACACCAGCUGUUGAAUCUAGGUGUACUUACCUUUUUUUUUUACACUAAGACAUUGUAUUGCAAAAUAUAAUCACUUUCACUGAAAUGUGUUAAAUUAGGUUACUUUUAUCCGUCAAUAGUUUUGAAGUGAAGAUUACAUCUGCAUAAAUAUGUACAAGACUUUCCAAGGGGUAUAGUUUUUCACAUGACUGUAAAGACCUCUGAGCAGAUCCCCUCCUGUCCGUAUUGUUGUAUUAAUUACAAUCUAAAAGACAACACUGAUAUUUAAUCAGUAUUCCUACUCUGAGGCUCUGUGGACAAACAGCACACCCUUGUGGCUGAAGGAAAUGAAGGCCCCUGGCCCCUCUACUUCCUGAGCAUCUUAACCAAAGUGACAAGUUUCUAGAUGACAACUUGAACUAAAAGCAGACACCUAGCAAACAGGUCAGCCCUGCAACAACCAACCUCUGCAGGAUUCUCUUGGAAACCUUCAUUUUGAAUGAUAGAGGCCAAAACAAACAUAGCAGGCCUUUUGACAUAAAUUGGGGCAAAAUUAGUUAUGGUACAGUCUUGGGUGACUUUUUGCGUACUUCUGUUGUAUAAAUCACAUGCAAUACUACUAUUUUAACUUAUCCAUGCAUAUCAUAAUUAUCAUUACCAAGCAUGAAAACUGAUGUUUUUCAAUGUCCAACAUUGACUGCACUGACACGUUUUUGACUGUCAGCCAAUGGCUGUGAUGAUAAUCUGUGUUAACAUGGUUAAUAAAAAUAAGCAACAGCUAUUUUCUGUGUUUGUCUUCAAUAGAUGCUCAUGUUGGAAAUUUGUUCUAAAUAUAUUUCAACCACAGCUCAGUGUACCCACUUCCUGAGUUAAGUGACUUGUGGCUUGUUGUAUCUUUUAAAUUAAUGUCAUCUUCCAAGGCCUGGUAGCAUCUAUUGAAAGUCCACACCAGUCCAGUGGGUUAAUUCAUUAUUCUUAACACCAUAAAUAAAGCGCAUCCUGUAAAAAAAGACACCAGUGUGAGUAAACCGAAGACCCCAAAAAAAGUUAUGAUUGUUUAAAAUAUUUGUUUCUUUAAAACAUUUUGGUUUUCUUUAGAGCUUUAACUUAUCUUUGGGCCCUCAAACUCUACUCUGGACCUUGAGACCAGUUCCAUUUUAUUUUUUGGUUGCAAACCCCUAAUCAGGGACUGAUUUAUACCAGACACACCAUUGGGUAACAUCAAUGAUGAGGUAGAACAGAAAACCUGCAGGCUCUGGCCCUUGUAGGGUAAGAGUUGAAUUCCCGUCCCAGGGUAAACAUGCUUUAAAAGGACCCACUGUAUCCAUGUAAUAUAGCAUUGAAAGGAUAGGAUAUAGCCUUACCUAUUUUUCAAUGGUGUCUCCUGGAAGCCACUCUCCAGUUAGAAUGCCAGUGGUCUAGAGGUCUCUGGCUCAAAUGCUGCUUAAAACUGGUUCAUAUGCAAAAACAGUCACAAUAGGGAUGCUGAUCUUGAAAGAGUUUCCCCAUCAGUCCAUAUAAUUUUAUUCAGUACAGUCUAAAAGGCAACAUAGAUCAUUGAAUAGUACUCCUACUGUAACGGGUGGAUGUGGGCCCUCUUCACUGCAUCCUCAAGUUGAGCAAACAGUGCACCCUUGUGGUUAAAGAAAAAUGAAGGCCCUGGACUGGAACUACUUCCUGAGCAUCACCAAAA